GUUGGGGAGCUUGGAAGAGGUGUGGAUCUGUAAAUCCGGAAAACAGGACCUUGUUCUUGUUCCUCUGCAUACUUGUCGCGCAGAGUUCAAACCUGAGGGGAAAUGCUGCGAUUACAACUCAAACUGACGGGUUUUUAUUUGCGCACUUCUGCUUCUGUUCACAACUUUUCCCCACAACAGGUUUCCUAUUUUCACCUGAACAGUUCUGAUGUUUAUUUACAGAUUUUGUACAACCUUGCUCUUACAGUAUUAAAGUGAACUUUUCUCACAUUUUGUUUUCCUCUUGCGACAUCCUGCAUCUGCUAUCGCCCGGGCAACCAGUCCUCCUCUCCAUCCAUCUCCAGCGCUUCAGAGUCGGGGGCAGCUGGGCUCCCAGCGAUAACCAGCACCUGUCUCCUCCGAGCGGAACCAACUAUUUUCCUCCACGCUGACACAUUUUGUUUUAUUUUUGUAUGUGCGUGUUUAUUUGCAACCAGUGAAGUUCAUGCGCCUCGCAGCGCCAAGAUGCCUGUAAGACGCGGUCAUGUUGCGCUCCAGAACACCUACUUGGACACAAUCAUCAAGAAAUUCGACGAACGAAAUCGCAAGUUUCUGAUCGCCAAUGCCCAGAUGAAGAACUGUGGAAUCAUCUACUGCAAUGAAGGUUUCUGCCAGAUGUUUGGUUUCACCCGGGCUGAGAUCAUGCAGCAGCCCUGCACCUGCCAGUUCUUGGUCGGUCCUGGCACCAUGAAGAGUGCCCUGGCUCAAUUAGCGCAAGCCUUGCUUGGCUCAGAGGAGCGCAAGGUGGAGAUCCUCUACUACUCCAAGGAAGGAAUUUGUCGACCUUGCCGAGUCGAUAUUGUACCUGUCAAAAACGAGGAAGGCCAUGUCAUAAUGUUCAUCCUCGACUUUCAGGAGCUCAUUGAUCCUUCACUCAAGAAGUCAGGCUUAAGGCAGAGAGUCACUCAAGGAUGGCUUUACUGUCAGAACCGCCGGCGGAAGAUGAGGCUGCCCGAAUUUCGCCCCAUGCGAAGACCGUCACUGGCCAAAGACCAGUGUGAAGGGGUGGUAGUGGAUUACCUGCAGACAAGCAGUGAGGAGGUCCCUUUAAAGGAGUUUCGGAUCCCUUCCAAGGAGAGCUGCAUGCAGUCUGAGACCGAGGCUUUGAUCGAACAGGAUCUGGAUCCCCCCUCCCCUGCUGCCCAGUCCUUCACCAAACGGUGCUCCUUGCUGACAGAUCGACUGGAUCCCAGCAUCCCCUUUUCAAGGGGGGCACUACCUCGAAGCUGCUCCAAAGAGAGUGUCCGCAGCCUGAGGCGGGCCUCGUCACUGGAUGACAUUGAUGGCAUGAGAGCAGAAUGGAAUAGUCGACCAGGAGAUACCCGAACUCAAAGCAAUCUUAAGCCCAGCGCUUUGAACUCCACCUCAGACUCAGAUCUUAUAAGACCCAGAACCAUCGGCCGCAUCCCGCAGGUCACCCUCACGUUUGGCUCGGACCGGCUGAGACCUCCCUCACCUACAGAGAUUGAAAUCAUUGCACCCAGCAAGGUUAAAGACCGGACCCAGAAUGUCACUGAAAAGGUCUCUCAGGUCACACAGGUGUUGUCCCUUGGUGCUGAUGUGCUGCCUGAAUACAAGCUGCAGGCCCCACGGAUCCACAAGUGGACCAUCCUUCACUACAGCCCCUUUAAAGCUGUGUGGGACUGGGUCAUCCUUCUGCUGGUCAUCUACACGGCCAUCUUCACUCCCUACUCAGCCGCCUUCCUUCUUAAUGAAGCAGAAGAUGAUGAAGGGUCUUGUGGCUACACCUGCAACCCACUUAACGUGGUGGAUCAUGUGGUGGACGUCAUGUUCAUCGUGGACAUCCUCAUCAACUUCAGGACCACCUAUGUCAAUAGCAACGACGAGGUGGUCAGCCACCCGGGUCGCAUUGCACAGCACUACUUCAAGGGCUGGUUCCUUAUCGAUAUAGUUGCAGCCAUCCCAUUUGAUCUGCUCAUAUCCCACUCUGGGUCACAGGAGCAGACGGAGCCACAGACUCAAACUACUCUGAUUGGAUUACUGAAGACAGCCAGACUUUUGAGGCUGGUGCGAGUGGCAAGGAAGUUAGAUCGUUACUCUGAAUAUGGAGCUGCCGUUCUUUUCCUCCUCAUGUGCACAUUCGCCCUCAUUGCCCACUGGCUGGCCUGCAUCUGGUACGCCAUCGGCAACGUGGAGCGCACAGGCUCCGAACGCAUCGGCGGCAUGAAGAUCGGUUGGCUUGACAACCUGGCUGACCAGAUAGGGAAACACUACAACACCAGUGACAGAAACUCAGGCCCCUCCAUUAAAGACAAGUAUGUCACAGCUUUAUAUUUCACCUUCAGCAGCCUGACCAGUGUGGGAUUUGGCAAUGUCUCACCCAACACCAACCCAGAGAAGAUCUUCUCCAUCUGUGUCAUGCUCAUUGGCUCUCUAAUGUAUGCCAGCAUCUUUGGGAACGUGUCUGCCAUUAUUCAGAGACUGUAUUCUGGCACUGCCCGGUACCACACUCAGAUGCUGCGGGUCAAAGAGUUCAUUCGCUUCCACCAGAUUCCAGGAGGCCUGAGACAAAGGCUGGAGGAGUACUUUCAGCAUGCCUGGUCCUACACCAAUGGCAUCGACAUGAAUGCUGUCUUAAAGGGUUUCCCUGAAUGCCUGCAAGCUGACAUUUGCCUUCAUCUGCACCGCAGCUUGCUGCAGAACUGCAAAGCUUUUCGGGGUGCCAACAAAGGCUGCCUGCGUGCUCUUGCAAUGCGAUUCAGGACGACCCACGCUCCACCGGGUGACACCCUUGUUCACAGUGGGGACAUUCUCACAGCAAUCUACUUCAUUUCCAGGGGGUCAAUAGAGAUUUUGAGGGACAAUGUAGUGGUGGCCAUACUGGGAAAGAAUGACAUCUUUGGUGAACCAAACCAUGUUUAUGGGAGGCCAGGGAAAUCCAGCGCUGACGUUAGGGCUCUAACCUACUGUGACCUUCACAAGAUCCUGAGGGAUGACUUGCUGGAGGUGCUGGAGAUGUAUCCUGACUUUGUUGACACCUUUUGGAGCAAUUUGGAGAUUACCUUCAACCUAAGAGAUGCAGACAGAAUAAACCAGCCAACCCCGAGCAGGAACUCUGAGUGUGGCUGCCGACUGACAAGGCAUCGGAGAAGCUCCCUGCGGCGUCGGAACAGGCCAGAUGGGAUGGAUCAUGAGGACUCCUACCCAGAUCAGUCGCGUCUAACAGUAAACCACCGGCGGGGAAUGGUGGCAGGGACUCAUUGGGAAGAUCUCUGCAGCAGUGCCAGUGUUUGUUCCCAGUCUAGUGAUGAGGAAAUAAAGCCUGCUCAACACAAAGGGGAGCUGUACGUCCAUGGGCCUGACACCAGAGACUACCAACCUUCAGUGGUCAACAUCCGGCCCCACUGUGGACCUGCUCUAAUGGGACAGGCUGUGGAUCUUGGAGGCUCUCCAUACUCAGCAGCGCCCCCUAUCAGCAUGUCAGGCUUGUAUGGCUACUGGUCCGACCGCAGAUCCAGCCAGCUGUCAGAAAACCAAAGAAGGCAGUCUGCAGUGAAAGUUGGUUUUCAGCCUUUGUUCUGUGCUGAGGAUCGCCCCCGGGAGCUUGAAUCAAGACUGGAGAUCCUGCAGGCUCAACUUAACAGACUGGAGACCCGUAUGACUGCAGAUAUCAAUGUGAUACUGCAGCUCCUCCAGAGCCAGAUGACCCCGGUUCCUCCUGCCUACAGCGUUGUGUCACCCGGCUCUCACCUGCCUCACCCCACCACCCUGUACAGCUCGGGAGCCCCCACAAUCCACACGGUCCCCCCAAUUCAGCCAGUACAGAUAAACAGCACUGCCUCCCUGCUACAGAGUCCUGAUUCGGACUCUAAUCACAAAUCAAAAGACUCCCUCUCCAGCGGUGUCCAUCUCACUGUGGCAUCAGAUGACACCAUGUCACCAGAGGCUGACCCACCGCAUCUACCAUCUGUGGACUUCAUCUCUCCUCAGUUCCUGUCCCCUGAUGCCCAUGAAGCUCCCGGACUCCUCAGCGGAAGCCAGCGCUUCCCCUCCCUUCCAGAGCACCUCGAGACCUCCUCAGAGAUGCAGGAGAUCCAAAGACAUGUCUCUGACCCUGUUCUGCCAGGCACCUAGAAUAACCUGGUCCAAAUGUAAAGCCAUAUUUUGUCCAGAUGGACCCCCCCUCUCUGCCAAUAAAGAAACCCGUCCUCCUCUCCUGGUCAGAUGCUGCUGUAAAGCAAGGGAUGUCGUAAUUCCUGCAUCACAGAGAGUUCAAAGUGGCUCGUGCGUCAUAAAGGCUCUCUGAACAGAGUUCCUCCAGGUCCUGUGCAAUAAAGAGAUUAUUUCUGUCUCACAGGGUCUCAAACCCAAACAGACAGUAUUCACAUUGAUCUACAAGAAGCACCUCCUGGAUCUGGAAAAUACAAAAACUGCACCCCAGACUCAGGUUUCCAUAAUAGAGGGAGAAAUAACAAAAACAUGUUCAAGAUAUAUCUGCAUUCAUUUUGUGUAAGAAUCGCCCAUUUAGGUUCAAUCAAGGAAAAAUUGUAUUUUUAUACUGUUAUAAAUGCUGGUUGCAUAAAGAACUGUGGAUGUAGUGAAUACAAAGACUGUUACUGUCAGUGUUACUGUUGUCUAUGUUAACAAAUAAAAUAACUGCCUGACACUGUAAA